AUGGCUCUAACGUUACAACAGUGCCCCGUCUGCUUUAACCACUACAGAAGCACUCCAGACGGGAAGUUAUGUCGGCACGGAGGUAAAGUGAAAGGACAGGAAUGCUCGGGGUUCCGGAAAAAAUUUGAUCCAUCGGGCGCAAGGGCUGCUUCGCCUCUCGAUGCCGCACCCGACCCCAAGCCUAGGUUAUCCACACGGUCGACGGCCGCAUCGGUCUCUGGUGAUCCUCUCGACCUGGAUUACUCUGGUGUUUUUGAAAAGCUGACGGCCGCGCUGAAAUGUGUACCGGUGUACGACCAUAUCCCUAAGCCAUGCAGGGAGAAGUUUGCACAUGAUCUGAACGCCUUGCUGACGGCUGUUUGUAAUGACCCUGGUGACCCGGCUGACUGGGUUAGACUCCACUGUUUUGUCCCAUACGUCUUACAGAAGACUUCCAGAGAGCGUCGCCAGGUCAACCAGGGCAAUCUGGUCAACAAGCGUCUAAGCGAAUAUUCAACUAUUGGUCUUGAAACCCUGGUACUGUGCUUUGAUGGGUUCAAUAAUGCCAAAUCACAAAAGCACAACCCCGAUCGGUGGAUCAACGCUGUGUCAUUUUGUAUUGAACAGGGAAACCUGUCCUCGGCUGUCAGACUUGUCUGUUCGCCAGAGGGCCUGGCGGAGAGCUCGUCAGCCACUUUCGAUAAAUUAUGUUCCAUCCACCCAAAAAUUCCGGUAGACAGGCGGUUCUUCCCCGCAUUGGCACCAACGGUUGGUUGCGUUUCUCCCGCCGAGGUGCUGAGAGCCGUUAAAUCGUUCAAAAACGAUUCUUCCGGAGGUCUGGAUGGCCUACGACCCCAGCACCUUAAGGAUGUUUUUUCUGGCCCCUUGCGCCCGGACGGAUGCACACUAAUACCUUGGAGAGCCGGUAGAUGUUUGGCGUGGGAUGUUACGGUCCCUGGCACCCUUGCCGAACGAUAUGUAAACCUGACAAGUAAAGAAUGCGGUUUGGCCGCGGCCAGGGCAGCGGACGAGAAAAUGAAAAAAUAUGGGAACGCCCUCCCCUCAAUGGAAUUCUUGGCAAUAUGUAGCGAGGUUCUCGGCCCGAUGGACCCCAAUACCCUUAAAUUUCUUAAGGCAAUAUGUAAAAUGAUCAGCAGAUUGGAUGCAUUCGGCGGAUUUGCACCGGUUACGGAAGAAACCAUAGGUUCCCUAAGGGAGAAACAUCCAAAUGCUCCCUCAAACAGAAAGGAAUGUUCACCCAAAGAGGCUUCAAGCUUAACGGUUAAUUCACAACAGGUUCUGCACUGUUUAAAGUCUUUUCCUAAGGGAACUUCUGACGGCAGAGAUGGUCUCACGCCUGCACAUCUAAGAGACGUUACGUCUUCAAAGGCAGACUUUUCUGAACUAGUAAAUUUGAUUGCCUCAUUUGUCAACCUGAUUCUAAGCGGGAACUGUCCGCCGGUGAUGGCUCCUUAUUUGUUUGGUGGAAGACUGGUUGCUCUAACGUCGCCCAGCUUUGAUAAUUUGAUGCUUCAAUGUUUUGAUCAAACUCUCCGUGACGGCUUCCAAUCGAUUUUCAACGUUUCCCUUGACCCGAAAGGUUGGUUACGGGCAACCCUGCCCAUCUCUGUUGGUGGCUUAGGUUUAGGUACCGUGAUGGAUUUAGCACCUUCUGCCUUCUUGGCUUCUGCUGCUGCCACGGUUCCUUUCCACAAUUUGUUGUUGCCCAGGGAUAAAAUAUAUUCCGACAAUUUUAGGACCCAAGUUUUUGAUGGGUUCUGGACCGUCCACGGUGCGGAGAUUGGUAUCGAAACCCGUUCUCAAAAGGAGUGGAACGCUCCAUUUAUCAGCAGCUCAGUUACUAAGCUACUAGAUUUGAACCAAUCAAAUUUUGAUAAGGCCAGGAUAAUGGCUGUAAAAAGUGAGUUGGAAUCAUCUUGGUUGAAGGCUGUCCUAAACUCCGCCAAUGGUACCAGGCUGGACGACUCUUGUGUUCGUGUCAGUUUGGGACUGAGACUCAGUUUACCCAUUUUAACCGAGUAUGUUUGUUUAUGUGGGGCUAAUGUUAAACCCCUGGGCUACCAUGGUCUUUCUUGUCGGUUGGGCCCUGGCAGACAGGCUCGACACUCGGCCAUGAACAAUUUUUUGGUCAGGUGCUUUCAGAGGGCAAACAUACUCACAAUUAAAAAACCCACAAGUUUCAUGGAGAAAGGUAGCCUCAGGUCCGACGGGUAUACUAUUUUUCCAUGGGCGCAGGGACGUUCCCUUGCAUGGGAUGUUACGUUCCCCCAUACCAUGGCUGAAAGGUACAUUAAUCUUACCUCCCAUGAGGCGGGUGCUGCUGCCUUAAGAGCCGCAGACUUUAAAAAUUCAAAAUAUGCGGCUCUUGCAGAAAGCAAAAUUUUUCAGCCAGUCUGUAUUGAGACCUUUGGUCCAACCGAUUUUCAGACUCAGAGUUUUCUGAAUGAACUCUGUAGCAGGAUUGUAGAAGUAUCGGGUGACCCAUUAGAUAAGAGUUAUGCAUGUUUCAAUGUUUGCAUAUUGAAUUAUGCAUAG